UCUGUUUGUUCUUACAGGUUUAUAGUGACCACAGUGACUAUUUCUUUGAACCUGGUAGCAGUUAUUUCUUUGUCAGUGACUGGAAUUCUGAGAAUUCGACGAGUACUUUACUGGCUAAUUGGAAUGUGUUGGAUCUUGACAAUUCUAUGCUGGUUGUUCUUUGGGGUUUAUUUCUUCCUGGAGAAGUUUUCAGGGGAUACAUGCACUGCUCUCGAAAACUUCCAAGAAAAUCCUUACAACAACACUUUGAGUUCAAUCCUCCCUUGUGAUGAAUUGCUGUCUGCAGAGUCAGUCCUCUCUGAUGUUAGUGCUGGAAUUUACAACCUUUUUAAUGAGCAUUAUGAUUUCAAUUCUUCAGGUGAACUCAAACAUAUCUCAGCUGCAAGCAACAACAUAUCCAACCCUUUCUCAUGUUUGCAACCCUUUCUCUGCACCACCGGAAUAUACAUAUCAGCCAAAUAACUGUCCUGCAAAUACGAUCAGGAUCGGCGACAUACCAAAGAUAUUGAAAGUAUUUACUUGUUCGGAUGCCAACAAUGGGACCUGUCAAAAGGGACAAUUCAUAUCCAGCAACGAUUA